AUGGACCCUGUGCCCAUCUCGGACCAGACUUGGGGUAUGUGGACCUGGGUAGCAUACUGGGCUACCGAUGUCAUCAACUUGGGUACUUGGGAGACAGCCAGUUCAAUCAUACAAGUCGGUCUGACCUGGCGUGAUGCUAUCCCAAUCAUGGCUGUCGGUACCCUCAGUGUUGCUAUACCAGUUGUCCUGAAUGGAGCUAUGGGUGCUCAUCUUCAUGUUCCAUUUAGUGUCAUCGUUCGUUCCAGCUUCGGUUACUACUUCGCUGGUGGCAUCAGUACAGCCGGCAUGAUAGCCUACUUCGUCUUCUGGAUCAUUCAGCUUCCCUUGCUCUUAAUCCCUCCUACCCAGCUCCGCUACCUGUUCGUCGUCAAAAUGAUCGCAGCUCCUGUGACAGCCAUUGCGACUCUGGGUUACAUGGUACACAAAGCCGGUGGCAGCGGCGCCAUCUUCUCACAACCAGGAACAGUGACAGGAGAAGCUAGGGCCUACCUCUGGCUAAGCUGCAUGUCCUCUGUGACAGGAGUAUGGGCAACCCUCGCCGUAAAUGUAGCCGACUUCUCACGCUACGCCAAAGCACGUCCAGAUGGAAAUCCAAACCAUGCACAAUACAUCCAACUACCUGCUUUACCUAUCAUAUUCACUCUAUGCGGUGUUCUUGGUGUCAUCACAACCUCAGCAUCUAAAGUAGUCUACGGCGAAUUCUACUGGAACCCUCUGAAUAUUGUGGAACAAUGGCUCAAGAACGGACAUCCUGGAAGAGCGGCUGCAUUCUUUGCUGCACUGAGUUGGUUUAUUGCUCAAGUGGGAACGAAUAUCACUGGCAACUCCAUCUCUGCGGCUAAUGAUUUGUGUGUCAUUGCACCCAAGUACAUCAAUAUCAGACGCGGGUGUGUCAUUGCUGCUGUUGUGUCUUGUUGGGUGAUGGUGCCGUGGAAGAUCUUGUCAAACGCGCAGACUUUUCUCAGCUUCAUGUCUGGGUACUCGGUCUUUCUUGCUCCUAUGGCUGCAGCCGACUACUGGCUAAUCAAGCGCCGUCAUAUCGACGUGCCAGCUCUUUACGAUCCACACGGACGAUACAGAUACAUCUACGGCGUAAACUGGCAAGGCCUGGUCGCAUUCCUCAUCGCCGUAUGCCCAAACCUCCCAGGUCUUGCAAACUCGAUCAACGGCAUUGCCAUAUCUGCAGGAGCCAAACAUUUGUACUCUUUCGAUUGGCUGUAUGGCUUUGUAUCAAGUAUUUUUGUCUACACAGUGCUGAGUAAGUUGUUCCCAUCGAAGGAGUCACUGAUACCGAGGUCAAUCUACUCUUUGGAAGUUCUGGAGGGUAAGGAGACAAGUUCGGACAGGGAUGUCGAAGCUGAGAGUAGAGGGGUGUACGAGAUGAAAGGUAGCAAUGUUAAUGCUGCAGAUCUCGGCAAGGUUUUGUAA